AUGCCACGAAUUAGUCCAAGGGUAAUGCAUGAUGCAUUUAAAAUAAAUUACUGUUUGCCAUUAUUAUUACCUGAAUGUAGAACUAUUGAGAAUGCUCAACAAGAAUAUAAAUGGAUACACUCUGAAUUGUCUCUUAAAUCAGCAUCUUUAAACGAAUUGGAUAAAACAAUUAAAUUAGCGUGUAUCCAGAGAUUCCAUCACGUCCCUCUCCAAUAUAUCUUGAGAUCACAACCAUUUGGUUAUAUAAAUAUAUCUUGUAAAAAAAAUGUUUUGAUACCAAGAUGGGAGACUGAAGAGUGGACAUUGGAUUUUGUUAAUUCGAUUAAAAAAUAUAAAAACUCAAUUGAGUCAUUAUAUUCUCAACAAAAUAAAUUAAAUGUGGUCGAUCUUUGUACUGGUACGGGUUGUAUUGCUUUAUUAUUAAGACACGAAUUCAACAAAAUACUGGAUAAACCCAACAUUGUCCAAAUUUCUGCGUUUGAUUGUUCGAAACAUGCAUUGAGGUUGGCAGAUCACAAUAAGCAACACUCUGCUAAUGAACCUUUAGAUAUAUCAAUAAAAAAAAUGAAUGUUCUCAGGGAUAAAAUAGACUUAAAAGAAUACCAAAAUAGGAAAAUCGAUAUUCUACUAUGCAAUCCUCCCUAUAUCCCCCGUUCACAAUUUAUUAGACAUACUAGUAAAUCGGUAAGAUUUUUUGAACCUAAGCUUGCAUUAAUAGGAAAUGAAGAAUUUUAUGAAAAUUUGGUCGAUAUAUGGCUAUCAAAUAUUAAUUCAUUUAUUUACGAAGUAGGAAAUCAAGAACAGAUAGAUUUGGUAAAAAAAUUAGUAUCCAAAAAUAGACAUAUUGUAGGUGACUGGGUUGUUGACCAGAAAAAUGAUUCAAAUCGACAACCACGACUAGUAUUCGGAUAUAGGAACACAUCAUCUGAUAAAUGUCAACUUCUUAAACAUAUAUUCGAUAAUUUCAGUAAGUUAAAAGAAGCGCAUUUUUAUGAUUGA